AUGUGGCGAGACACAUCGAGACAGAGGGCUUCUUCUCUUACCCGGGAACGAUAUGGCCCCCCUGCUGAAACGCAGCAGCAGCAGCAGCAGCAGCAGCAGCAGCAAGCAGCAGACUGCAGCAGCGACGCGUACGCUGUCUUCUCCCUAAAUCAGCCCAUAUUCAAUCGACAAGGCCUGCAGCAGCAGAAGAAACAGCAGCAGCACCAGCAGCAGCAGCAGCAGCAGCAACAGCAGCAGCACCCGCUGGAGAAGCAGCAGUUGCUGCUGUUGCUGCAGCUGCAGCUGCAGCUGGGGGGAAUUUUCAACCCUAAACCCUAA